AUGGAAGUGGCCAACCAAUCCAUUGUGGCAGAAUUUGUCUUGCUGGGGCUGUCAGAUCAGCCAAAGCUGGAGAAAAUGUUCUUUGUGCUUAUCCUGUCAAGGUACCUGGUGAUCCUCCUGGGCAACGGGGUCCUCAUCCUGGUGACCAUCCUUGACUCCAGCCUGCACACGCCCAUGUACUUCUUCCUGGGGAACCUCUCCUUCCUGGACAUCUGCUACACAACCUCCUCAGUCCCUCUGGUCCUGGAUGGCUUCCUCACUCCCAGAAAAACCAUCUCCUUUUCAGGCUGUGCCGUGCAGAUGUUUCUCUCCUUCGCCAUGGGAGCCACAGAGUGUGUGCUUCUGGGUAUGAUGGCGUUUGAUCGCUAUGUGGCCAUCUGCAACCCCCUUAGAUACCCUGUGGUCAUGAGCAAGGCUGCCUAUGUGCCCAUGGCUGCCAGCUCCUGGGUGGCUGGUGGAGCCAACUCCUUGGUGCAGAUCUCUCUUGCAGUACAAUUGCCCCUCUGUGGGGACAAUGUCAUCAACCACUUCAUCUGUGAGAUCCUGGCAGUUCUGAAGUUGGCCUGUGCUGACAUCUCCAUCAAUGUGGUCAGCAUGGGGGUGGCCAAUGUGAUUUUCCUGGGGGUCCCAGUUCUGUUCAUCUUUGUCUCCUACAUCUUUAUCCUCACCAGCAUCCUGAGGAUCCCCUCACCUGAGGGCCAGCGAAAGGCCUUUUCCACCUGCUCUGCCCACCUCACUGAGGUGGUCAUCUUCUAUGGAACCAUCCUAUUCAUGUAUGGGAAGCCCAAAUCAAAGGACCCUCUGGGGGCAGACAAGCAGGAUGUUUCAGACAAGCUCAUUUCCCUCUUCUAUGGAGUGCUGACCCCCAUGCUCAACCCCAUCAUCUACAGCCUCAGAAACAAGGAUGUGAAGGUUGCUGUGAAGAACCUGGUGGCUCAGAAAUGCUCGCCCAAUGAUAGUGGGAGGAAGCAGUGUAUCUUGUGGUUCUGUGCACACAGGGGAUCCCCUAGGAAAUGA